AUGGUAUCUUGGAGAAUCUUCAUAGCUAUCAUGCACUACGUCUCUUCCUCGGCUUGUGUCGACAUUUUUCGUGGCCGUGCUGGGGGGAGCAUGUCGCCACCAUCCAGGCCAGAGCUCGUUCUCCGACCCCCGCUUUGCCUUCUUGGUAUCCCGCUCGGUGUAGGGAUGCCCGACUUCUCCAAAGUCAGUCUUCUGGCUAUUGGCGUUGCGACAGUGCUUCCGUCGCUGUUGCUACCGGUGUCAACCUCUCGCAAUGACAUGGACAACGCUUGCGAGUGGCCGGAAAUUCCACUCAAGGAGCUUCGCGGACGUUGUAUACGUGAGCUAAUGGAAGAGCUCGAGUAA